CAUGGCUUUCCGCGGCAUUGUUCAGAUUUGUUAGCCUUUCAUUUAAUCCAUUAUAGUAAAAAUGUGAAUGCUUUUGUAACAAGGCUAUUUAUUUUGUACCUUUUUCAUAUAAAUUCACGAGAUGCUGUUAUGGAAACACAACGGAACAGUGAUGUUCGAGCUACAGAGAGAGUUUUCAAGAAAGUAGUGUAUCCAGGUCUAGAAACCCUGCGAGUAGUAGACAGAAAUGGAAUCCCUCUUAAUUACCCAGCAUACAAUUCUGUCCAUUCUAAAUCAUUUGUACUGAGUCCACGAGGAGUGCCUAUGAGAAAAUCAAAUCAUGUCUACAGUGGAAGUCAUUCACAUCCAGCAAAACUUACAGAUCUGGUUGAUAAUACAUCAUCACCUGACAACUAUUAUGGACCAGAGAAGACCUUCUUAACACAAGGGAGCUACUCUGCCAAAUUACCUAGAUAUAGAAAUGAAAGUCCACUGCAGCAAAAGCAAAGAGCUACCACCAGCCAAUCAAUGGCACCAAAACACAUGGCAAAAAGUAUUUCAUCUGACCAUUUUUUAACAGGAGAGCCAAAUGAGAAAAGAAUCCUACAAGCAGCCAACAAUAAUUACUUUAAUCUAAGUAACCAAGGUCUAAGAUUACAAAGAGAAUGGACUAGUUUAUCUAACACACGGUCAAUGAAGAGGGCUUCAGAGAUCGUGAACCACAGAGUGGACAGAAUGUAUUUUAUGAAUGGUAAUUCCAUAAAGCUAAAACCAAAGUAUGAUGUUGAUGAGGAAGAAUUAAGUAAAUUGAAAGAAGAGGCACACAAAAGGGGCAGCAGGACUUCCAGUAGAAAUUCAAUGAAAUCUGGACCCAAAAAAAAAGACCCAAUAGAUUUGAAAAAGACCAUUGGAAAUGCUGAAUCAGAAGGAGGAACUGGGGAUGUGACCACAAGUAGUGAAAUAAAUUUAAAGAAACCAAAUGGAAGAUUAAGUCCAAUAAAUGGAUGGGAAGGCAAGGAAAAAGUUGUAGAAGAAGAAAGUGACUUAAUACGACAAAAAUCAUUGCAUGCAGAGUGCAAUGAUGUAGAAAAAACAGUAGAAAAUGGUGAUACAUCUGAAAACAAAGAAGAGGAAAGUGAUGGGUUGCAAGGAAUGAGACCUGAUGGAAGAAUUGACAGUAGUGCCUUAAAUAAUGAUACUGAAAAUGGUGAGGAAUUAAAGGAAAAUGAUGUGCCUGUUAAUGGCAAAGAGGAGACAACUCAAGAGGCUGAUGAACAGCAGGGGGAGACAAAUGAUGAAAAUGUUGCUCAAGAAAACACAUAAUGAAUUGAAUUUUAUGUAAUAUUUAGAACCCUGUGAUAGAUCUAUUAUCAUAAUUACCUAUCUGUGAUAUAUAUGUUGCCAUAGAAUCUGUGAUCAAUUCCUUAUGAACUGUGAUAAAAUGAAUCAAUUUAAAAAUUUUAAUAUUUAUAGAAGAUUUUUCAUUAAGAAACACAACUGGGUUAUGAAUCCUCAUUUAACAUUUUGAUCAGCACUUUAAUAGACAAUGAAUCUGUUUAUGGGCACUCUAGUUUUAUGAAGUCUAUCUACGAUGAUGGUUUAGCUGUUUUGUAUGUUAGUCAAUAGUGAUAAUCCCUAAAGUAUAUUAUAACAUAUGCUAAUUUAUGGCAGUAUCUGUCAUUAGUUUAGAAUUAUCCUUAACACCUUAAAGUUUAUGCUUUCUAUGAUUGUCCUAUAUUCCUUUUAGAUAAUAUUGCAAAAAAUGGUUUUGUCUUGAUAUUUCUUGGAUGCAAAUUAAUUCUUCUUUAAACAUUUGCACUUAUUGCAUAUUUUUUCAUCGUAUAUUUUCUUCAAUUGCCUUAAAUUUUAUUUGACGAUGAGUUGAAAGAAUAUUUUACCAAAAUCAUGUGCAUUUGUACUGUGAAAAAGUAGACAGGAAACUAUUAAAUUUUUUUAUGUUUCGCAUUGAAAAGGAAUAUUAUAUCCAUAUAUGGUUUGCCAAAAAUAAAUCAUCCAUGACAUAGCCUUUUCAGAUAUCAUUAAAAGUAAUUCAGACAUAACAAGGAUAGAAUGUUGAUUCGUAAGCAUUUAAUUCAAUGUACAAAGCAUAAUUAUUUUUUUCAGUUUCUUAGAAGCAUAAAGUUCAAUAUUUCAAGAAGAUCUGAAAAUUUUAAAUUUGUUAUUGGUCACAACAAGAGAAAUAGAAUUUGAAGAAUGAAUAUGUUAUAUAUUUAUGAAUUUACAAUAUAUUCAGGUUAAACUUCAAAUCUAUCUCCAUAAGAUGAACUGAAAAUUUGUUGACAACCUUUUGUACGCUUUUAAAAAGAAAAGAUUGUAAUUAUAUGCAUUGAAUCAUGUGAUUCCAACAGAUACCAGUGAUAAAAAAGUGCAUGUCUUCAUACAAUGUUUGGAAUAUUAUUUUUAUGUAAAAGACUACAUAAGAAUACUUUUUUUACCUCAUUACUGCAAUGAUCCAUGACAUACAGAACAUUUGUUAAGAGGAUUUAUUCGUCUUUAUUUUGGUAAUUUUUGUUUUUGCUAGAAUUCCAAAAUUUCAUGAUAUAAUCCAUUACAGAUUUUUUUAGAAUACAUUACUCCCCCCUUUUAUGAUGGGAGUAUAGACAAAAAAUGAUUAUUGAAAAGCCACUUCCCUGUUCUUAUUGAAGUGUCUCGAUAAGGGCACCAAUUAGUGAAAUUUUAAAUACAGUACUAAAUUGGGUUCUUUUUUUUUUUUAAAUUAGAUUGUAACCCACGAUUUUUUCUAUAUCAAGUAUGGAAAAUGCACAAGUUUUGUAGUUUCAUGUUGUAUAACAUCAUUUUGUGAUUUUGUAAUACAUGUACUGUGGAUUCAUUUAUUUUCAAGGGUAUCAAUUUUCGAAUAGAGAAAAAAAGACGUUUCGUGGUAUAAGUAAAUUCGUGGAUCGCUGAUUACAAAAAGAAAAAAAAAAUUCAGAUACGUAAUUUGUGGAUUUCUUUUUAAUUUAGGAGAUCAUAUAACCUCCUUGGUUUGAUCAAUAAUAAAACAAACUAAAAAGAAGGAAUUCAUUGAAAAAGUUUUGAAUUGUCAAAAUCCUCGCUUGGUUAUUCUAAGUUAAAGUGUUCAUUGAAAACUUCUAUUACAAUAAUGGACAGAGACAACUAAUUACUUGUUUGUUUUACAAUUUAUAUAUUCUUGUCGGAAUUUUAUAAGGCAUUCAAAACUCUUUGAUUGAAAGCUCAUUUCCCUAAUCACGAUAUAAUAAACAGUCAUAUAAGUAAAAGGUGUGAAAAUAAAUGUUCCUGUCAUAAACAAUAUUACCUACAGGCAAUAUCCACGUACUUAAUCCAAUUGAUUUUUAAUCACCAGUAAACCACACUAUGACACGGUAAUUAACAACUUGCAGUUAUUUUCCAUGAACAGUUUUAUUAAAUUUUAAAAAGUAAAUUAUCACUGAUAUUCGAUAUAUUUAUUAUUGAAUUAAUCAAAAUUCUUGUAUCUUCUUUCAAUAAAAAAACAUGUGUUAUGUUACAAUGUUUAUCGCUAGUCAACACUAUACUAGAACUGCAUAACAUAAAUGGAAAUAAACAUCCGACUCCAUACACAUUUCUCGAGAUUAUUCUUUGUUGAAUUCUUAAAUUCGUGGUUCACUGUGACCCACGAAACCCACGAAAAUUGGUAUACCACGAAUAAAAAUGAAUCCACAGUAUACAAAUAUUGUUAUUGUCUGUAUGAUAUGGUAGUUAAAUGUUCACACAGUGAUAACUGUAAAAAUCAUCAGAUCUUUGUGUUUUUGGUAUGGAUAAUGGGCAUGUCUGCUUAUAUUGGCAUUUUAGAAGUUAUAUCUUUUACUGAAGUCUCUUUAUACAAUCCUUAGUCUAAUGGAAAGGAUACAAAUAGUUCCUUAUACUUGUGCAAUUCCAAGAAAUUAUAGGUUACAAUUAAAUUUUGUAAGUUUGAGAGCCUUACAAGUCUGUGAACUGCAUUGAAAUACAAAUGUGAGGCAUAGUCUUUGAACAUAUUGAGACGUAACCCAGCAGUCUCAUGUGAGGCAUAGUCUUUGAACAUAUUGAGACGUAACCCAGCAGUCCCAUGUGAUAGAUGUUUUAAAGGAAUAAUACAUGAAUACUGUGAAAACCUAAAAGAAAUUUAAUGAUGGAAGAAAUUUUUUUCUUCAAACUUUUUUUUUGUAUGGAUGGCUAUUUAUUUAUUUAUUUCAAUAUUCAUUGUGUCUAAAACAAUUGACAAGAGACAAGUUGUUUUGAAGAAAGUCCUGGCUUUUGUUGUGUCAACCUUGGAAAUUGUCCUGUUAGUGUGAAGUUUUUCACCAGAAUGGACUUGAACAUACAAAAUAAAUUCGGACAUUUUUUUUCUCCCAUUCAAUAGACAGAACUUUAAUCUUACACUUUGGAAAAGUCUGACAAAUUUAAAAAAAACCAAACAAAGAUAGACACAUGGAAAGAAAGAUAAAUAUCUUUACACCUUUCAUAUCAAUAAUGUGUAGCAUCAAAAAGACAACACAUAAUAUAUGUCAUGAUCAACAAUCAGAAUCAAUUUUUUUAUAAUUUUCAUAUAUAUAAUAAAUGUUAAAAAAGCCAAUGCAACGUACUGCAAUUUUUUUAUCGAAAAAUAUUUUUUGCACACAAGUGACGUGUUCAUCAUUCAGUUUUCAUAUUUCCUAGCACAUGAGUUUUGAUGGAUAUGUAGCACAUUAGAGAGAUAGUUUUGAUAGUAGAUAUACAUUCCAUUUAUUUAUUAUAUUAUCAUGUUAUUCAUUUUAAUGUGAAUUAAAUCAUUAUAAUUUAACAA